AGGAGAAGAGUACCGUGCGUCCAUUCCCGCCAAUUCAUCUAAUCUCAUCCACCUGCAACCCAUCCCACCACCGCUCUCGAGUCUACUUACUAACUACAUCACAUCACACCACAGUCCACUACAUUACAUUCCACAGCCACCAGCGGCAUCUUCAAUAGUUGAAAACCAUCACCCCAACCUCUACUCUAUCUAUCUCCAGAUCGUCGCGAAACUUGACCGUUUGUCGCGCAGUCUCGAGUCUCCCCCCAAACAAACUCUUUCCCCCAGUACCCAGGAAAACUCGAGUUUAUGUCCAUCGAAAACCUUAAGACCUACGACCCCUUCGCCGAGGCCGACGAGGACACCGGCGAAACCAAGCAGGCGUCAAAUUACAUCCAUAUUCGUAUCCAGCAGCGAAAUGGACGCAAGACCUUGACUACAGUCCAGGGUCUGCCGAAGAAAUUCGACCAGAAGAAGAUCUUGAAGGUCAUCAAGAAGAAAUUCGCCUGCAAUGGCACCAUCGUGAACGACACCGAAAUGGGCGAGGUCAUCCAACUUCAAGGAGACCAGCGCAAGGAUGUUCAAGAAUUCCUCGUCGACAAGAAGGAAGGUCUAGAGCUUGAUCCCAAGACCAUCAAGGUCCACGGUUUCUAAGCUGACCGCUGCAUGCCCUCGUUGUCCUGGUCUAAGCAAAGCCUGCACCACAUGGUGGUCAGCUGCAGUCCAUGGUAGUCAGGCAGUUUUGUCCCGCUCCAGCCUAUCGGCGGUGGGCAUCUCUGGUUGGCCGGGAUCUUUCGGCACUGCUUCUGGUCAUUGAUUACAGGCGUUUAACGGACAGGCACGAGUUAUAGGCAUGAUACCCCCUCACCGAGGAUAUGGCGAUGUUUUGGAAUGACUUUUACUGGCAAAGGAGUCUUUUGUUUCUUGCCAUUCGUUGGCUUUCGCAAGGAAUUGUGACACAGGCUCAGGUCUUGCACUGCAUGACUCUCGUUCGGAUUCUGCAGGCAUGGCGUCAGAUAGGCAAUGGAAUGGGCGAUUCCCGAAAA